UGAAGACAUGUCUCGACAGUUUCUAAAGAUCUACUUCGGACGCAGUAUCAGGGGUGGGCAGAAGGAGGAGGAUGCUAAUGUCUUCGGUUUCCUCGUUCGGGAACUCAAGAAAUACGGUGAAGUCCUGACAGAGAAAUUUGGAGACGAUAAGGCAAUACAGAAGGAAGAUGAAGUUACAUCUGAUGAAGCAAUUUACCAAGCUGACAUCAAACUUAUCGACCAGGCGGAUGUUAUGGUAGCAGAAGUUAGCAAUCCUUCGAUUGGUGUCGGUUACGAGAUAGGAAGGGCGCACGAUGGGAAAAAGAAGAUACUCUGUCUAUACAGACCCGAAGGUGCUCCAAAAAAGCUUUCUGCGAUGAUCCGUGGAGCAGAUGGGGUCGAUAAUCUCACCGUCAAGGAUUAUGAUAUAUCAGACAUAUCGAACAUCCUGGCAGAUUACUUCAAAUAAAACUUUCACUUUUCAAGCCUGGACUUCCCUUGUAAUAUUCAUCGUGUAAUAUAUAAUGUCCAGCUCCUUUUUUAAAGGGGAAGUUCACCCUGAAGAAAACUUUGUUGUAAAAA